AUGGGUGGACACAAUCAAGUGCGCCUACUGACCGUGUCAUUCCGCGCAGUACCACCGGAACUCUUGAGAUCAGCAUUGAGGGUGCUGUUGUCGCAAGGCUCGGUAACCCAGAAGCCUUUUGUGCAGCACAUUCGAGACCGCUUUGCAGAUGCGCCGCCAGAACUUGUGGCUCCCGAGGUCUUGUUCCCGACCAUCAACCAAGCCUCGCCGGAAUGCAAGCGCUACAUGGCAAUGACAAGAUGUGUCUUCUCUUGCAAGUUGGCUGAAGAGUCCUUGAAAUAUUUGAUUCAUUUUGUCGACGCCCUGCGACUAGCAGGGGCUCAAUGGCAGACCGGCUCAGAGCUCGAAGCAGAUCUCGAAAAGUUUGGCGGCGACAUUGUCCAAGCCGUGCAGGCUCUCAAAGAGUCAAGGCCCGAGCCUACCGAAGCCCUUGAGGGGCAGCUUUUCAAACUUUGGACAUCCUUGGAUGAAUGCCGGCAGUAUUGCCAGGGUUUGGAGCCACAGUCGCCCGCUUUCCCCUUUGCCAGAUCUGCUCGACAAGUAAAGGAUGUAUUUGGGCUCUUGUUUCCAAACAGUGACCAUUUGUCGUCUCUAAGCCAUUCGAGUGGGACCCCCAUCUCCGUGGAUUUGAGCAAGCAAGGUAGUAUUGAGACGUUUACACUUGGCCCGCACCAAGUUCCUCGUCUCUUCAAUGGACUGUGGCAACUCUCUUCUCCGGCUUGGGGCUCAGGUACUGCUGAGAAGCAGGAAGCAGCUCUGGCGAAUCUGGUGGAAUGUGGCCUUAUUGCGGCAGAUAUGGCAGAUCAUUAUGCAAAUGCAGAACUCAUAUAUGGAGAAUUUCGCAAUCGAUUGGCUCCUGAAGUACAGAAGCAAGUAUAUGCUGCUACCAAGUGGUGUGUAUUUAGCCCGAUCAACCAACCUGUUACACAUGAGUUUGUCCUCGCUGCUGUGAAAGAGCGCUGCAGGAGGUUGGGCGGCCGAGUCGAGCUAUUGCAGUUUCACUGGUACGAUUACGAGGCCAAAGAAUAUCUUGAAAUUCUAGCCGAAUUGGUCAAGAUCACCAAGUCUCAUCCAGUUCUGGUUUCGGCUAUUGGCUUGUGUAAUUUUGACUCGGAGCAUACCAAGGAGGUGUGCGAAUAUCUGCUGGAAAAGCAGGGUUCUGUUGGAAUUGUAUCAAAUCAAAUACAGUUUUCGCUAUUUGAUUCUCGACCACUGCAGCAGAUGAGUGCUGUCUGCCAGCACUAUGGCCUAAAGUUGCUGACUUAUGGCUCAUUUUGUGGUGGUUUCCUUUCCGCCAAAUGGCUCGGACAGCCUGUACCGGAAAUCUAUGCCGAGAAAGAUCAACUCACCCCUUCACAAAGAAAGUACUUUGACAUGAUACGCAACUGGGGCACUUGGUCUGAGUUCCAGACGUUGCUCGAAACACUAUCAUCCAUUACGCAAAAGUACGACGUAAGUUUGACGAAUGUAGCUACGCGAUGGGUGCUACAGCAGCCGGCUGUCGGUGCCGUGAUCGUUGGUACGCGCCUUGGUGUAUCGCUUCACGGUGAUGAAAACCUCAAAGUUUUUGGUUUUGCUCUGGAUGACGAUGAUCUCCAGAGAAUUAAUGACGUUGCGCUCGGCAAGGACAGAGAGAAGUCCUUGAGCAUAUAUCAGACACUUGGCGAUUGCGGGAAUGAAUACCGCGCCAUGCAUUAA